AUGAGUGAAAAAAUAGUUUUAGAUAAAACGGGACCAACAUACAAAUGUUGGUAUCAUGGUAGAUUAAAUCGUUGUGAAGCUGAAGAACGUUUGACAAAUACACUGCGCGGAUCGUAUUUGGUGAGAGAAAGUGAACAGAAUCCGGGAACAUAUUCUUUAUCAUAUAAAGGAAAUGAUGAACAAAUUAGUCAUUUUAAAAUAUCUACGAUGUGUGGUGAAUAUCAUUUUGGUGGCCGUCAGUUUGAUUCAUUACAAACAUUAAUCGGCUAUUAUUCGUACUUAGUGGAUAUUAUUCACGGAGAACGAUUACUUUAUCCUGUAAAACCAGCAAAUGAUAUUGAAUUAAAUCCAAUAUGUGUGGCAUUAAAAGCGCAAAAGAAAACAACUGAAGAUGCAGAUAACCUUCAUGUUGAAGUGGGUGAUCAUUUAUCAAUUGAACACUGUAUAUCAGACGAUUAUUAUUGGUGUAGAUCUUUGAAAACUCAAACAUGUGGAGUUGUGAAUAAACAAAUUCUUUUUCAAAAGCCUAACAAUUGUGGGGAUAGUAAAAAUAAUGGAUAUCAAUCAAAUAUAAAUAAAGAUGAAUCAAUGUUAAGAUUAUCAAAAGGUCCGGAUGGUAGUUAUUUAAUCUUACCAUCUUCAACUUAUUUUGGCGAUUCAACAUUAUUUGUACACAUAAAUAAACAAAUGCAUCGAUUUCGAAUUAAACAUUUACAAAUAACAAAUAAAUACUCAUUUGGUGGAAGAUUAUUUGAUAGGUACGUAUUUUUACAUUGA